UUUAUGAUCUUAAUCUAUGCGCUAUGCGAUGCGACUAUUCUAUUGUGAAGAUUGAGUAAAAAUAAAAUGCUAAUUUUGGAACUCGUCCGUGAAAAUGUAGAAGCUACAAACUGUGGCUUCAAAAGCAACGCACACUGUAACCACACGCGUCAAUGGGGACCAUAAGCGUUCUACUCGUUACUCAAGUAGCUCCUUACUUAGAACAACAACUCAACAAACGCUAUAACCUUUUCCGCCUAUGGGAUUACCCCCAAAAAUCACACUUCUUCACUCAACACGGCGCUUCAAUCCGUGCGCUGGUUGGACGCUCCACCGCCGGCGCCGAUUCCGAACUCAUUGACGCACUUCCGAAUCUGGAAAUCAUUUCGAGCUCCAGCGUUGGUGUUGAUAAGAUCGAUCUUGUCAAGUGCAAGGAGAAAGGGAUUCGCGUUACGAAUACGCCGGAUGUAUUGACCGAUGAAGUUGCUGAUUUGACUAUUGGUUUGAUUCUAGCGCUUCUUAGAAGGAUUUGCGAAUGUGAUCGAUAUGUUAGAAGUGGGAAUUGGAUGCGUGGUGACUACAAACUCACCACUAAGUUCUCGGGGAAAACUGUCGGCAUUGUUGGGCUGGGAAGGAUUGGCACAGCAAUUGCCAAGAGAGCUGAAGGUUUCAAUUGUUCAAUAUGCUACUAUUCUAGAACUCAAAAGCCGGAAUCAAAAUACAAGUACUAUCCAAGUGUUGUUGAGGUCGCAUCCAACUGCGACAUACUGAUUGUUGCCUGCUCUCUUACAGAGGAAACACAUCAUAUCAUCAACCGGGAGGUCAUUAGUGCACUUGGUCCAAAGGGUUUCCUAAUAAACAUCGGUCGAGGUAAGCAUGUUGAUGAGCCAGAGCUGGUCUCUGCAUUGCUUGAAGGUCGUUUGGGUGGAGCUGGACUCGAUGUGUUUGAAAAUGAGCCUCAUGUUCCUGAAGAGCUACUUCGGCUAGAAAAUGUUGUCUUGUUGCCUCAUGUUGGAAGCGCCACAGUAGAAACACGAACCGUCAUGGCUGACCUUGUUCUUGGAAACCUGGAGGCUCAUUUCCUUGGAAAGCCACUGUUAACUCCCUUGAUUUAAUCUACAGGCCGGUCUCUAUUGAACUGUGGACAUAAGAUUGAUUGCCCAUUGAUCUAGAAAAUUUGAUGGAAUGGUCUCCAUUAAGUUACAUCAUCAAUUAAUGAUUCUUGUGAUGUGGAAUUGAUGAUUGUGAGAGCUUCAAAUAUCAUCUAUUG